CGUGACGUCACUGCCCACCUCUCGGCCGCCAUGACCGGGUUCAGGGAGGAAUUCACGCUGUGCGCGCUGCUCGCCGGGACCGGAGCCGGGAGACCCCGGGGACCCCGGAGCGUGGGACAGGGGGGAGAGCCGGACACCGUGCUGCUCACCGACACCGGGAGGACCGUCACCCUCUACCAGGUAUCUGAUCAAAAACCCCUGGGCAGCUGGACUGUAAAACAAGGACAGAUCAUCACAUCACCUGCUGUCUUUAAUUAUGGGACUGAAGAAUAUAUUGUAGUUCAUGAUGAUAAGGUUAUCAGGAUAUGGAAAGAUAGCGAUGCAAACUUGGACAAAGCAUUCAAAGCAACCCUCUCUGCCGAUGUGUACCGGAUUCAUAGUCUCCCUGAUCAUGAACCACUUGUGCUGUUUCGGGGGGGAUCAGUACGGUUUUUGGAUAUGGUGCUUGCUGAUCCACAACAAGACGUUGAAACCAUUCUGGUGGAUGGAGAAAAAAUCUUGUGGUCUGAUAUGUAUGUUGAAGGUGGACAGUCUGUGUUGGUAUAUAUUACAGAGAUACUCGGCGAGCAUUGUGUAUAUAUCUGGUCAUCCAGUCCUGGUAUUUCUCAGAAAUAUAAAGUUAACCCAUACAUUGACGGGUCCCGCACCUUGGGAUUUUCUGGGUCUCUAAAAAAUAAAAUGUUCCAUUUAAUCAUUCUAUACUCAAACGGACAUGUAUGUCACAGCUUUGCCAGUCUUGUUCAGUCUAAGGUAGAGAAUGCCCUUACUGUCUCACCAUUACUCCAACUGGAAGAACCAUCAGAUACUGGCGUUGUAGCCGUUCUGGACGAUUCCCAUAUUGCCACACUGACAGAACUUCCAUCAAUGCAAAAAGACAUUCUGUGUAUAUGGAAUACAAAGUUUCAGACCUUACAAGCAGUAAAAGAAUUCCCUCAGAAGACCAGCAUGCAGCUCUGGUGCAAUGACAAUAAAAUGUAUGUGGUACAUGGAAAAUCCAUUACAGUGAUACCAUAUGGUUGUGACCCAUCUUGCUUGGCGUCCUCUCUCGGCAAGUGGAGAAACAUCCACACAUCAGCUCUUGAAACCGUAUCAUUUGUAAAUUGGGACACGUUGGUAGACAAUGCACCAGAAGCGAAGAAAUCAAGCUCUGGUGGCAGAAAAAGUGCCAGGCAGAGGAAGACCAAGCCCACCGUAACACAUGAUGCAGAUUUGGCCGUGUUGUUGAAAGACAUCGAGAAUGCCCCUGAAAGCCAGAUUGCCAGCGUGGUACAGCGUGCUUUGUGGGGUUAUGAAGCCGUGGAUUUUCAUAUUACAAUUGGGAAAAUCAUGCAGGAACUGUUAAAUCGAUGUCGGUGCGACCCUAAUUUCUACCCUCAAAGUCCUCUGGUGCAGCUCAUUCAGACAAACCUACUGUCCUACAGUUUGUGUCCAGAUUUAGUAGCACUUUCCCUGGAGAAGCAAGACGUGCGUCUGUUACAGCUCUGUCUGCAGCAUCUCCCUGACAUUCCCGAAUCGGUUAUCUGCUCCUGUUUAAAGGCUUUCUUAAGUAUCGGUGAAGACCACCUUCGCAAUGCUCCGUUGAGCACAGAGUACAUUUUAAAUUAUAUUGAGGUGGCAGAAGAGGCAGAACAACCUUCUGUGCCUGAUGCUGCCGUGAUACAGAAUGGGUUUAGCCCGGCAGCUCUGGAGGAGGACAGCUGUGACGUUCAGACGCCGGAGAUCGUGUCACGGAGGAAUGAGCCUCCAAAAUCGCCUGUUAGCGUUAAACGAGCUGUGCUUCUAAAUUCCAUCCUUACUUAUCCCUAUAGCGAGACCUUUCUCCUGCCUCAUCUGAAGUCUCUCUCUGCCAGUCAAGUUGUGCUUUUCCUUCGAUAUUUGCAUUAUCUCUAUGUGAAAUGCGGUAGUGACCUCACUAUAAACCUCCCGGAGAAACAAAUGCCUUCAACCAACCAGAUUAUGGAUUGGAUGAGUGUUGUGUUGGAUGCCCAUUUCACAGUUGUGGUUAUGUUACCAGAAGCUAAGAAAAUGCUUCAGAAGCUUCAUAAAUUUGUCAGAACACAGAUGAAGUUGUACUCAGAACUGAACAAGGUUGAAGGAUGUUUAUCAGAGCUGCACAGAAUGAAACACCAAGUCAAAGACUGUGACCGAUAUUCAAUAGAAGUUCUGGAACUGUAUUAAGCAAACAGAAAUUGGAACAUUUAUUUUACUUUUCCAAGAAAAGAAAAAAUUUCAUUUUUUUAUUUUUCAUUGUGUAUUUUAACACCUACUCUUUUCUAAAUGAUGGAUUUCAAACUGCAACCUCACUAUGCGUUUAAUGUUGAGUGCCAUCAGUGGACAGCCCUGGUUCGUUCCCGCACUGUCAAAUCCUGUAUUUUAUUUAAAAAAAAAAAAAAAAGAGAGAGACAAAUGUAUUUGAAUUUUCAGCGAUAAACUGUUCAAUCUGAACUUUGUUUGGUAAAAUA